GUCAUUUUGACAUAUAUCAUCGAGUGUUCAUUAACUGCUUGUUGUUUGUUUUGAUUUUAUUAAAAUUGUAUUGUGCAUUUAUUGUAGAGGAAACUUUACUACAUUUAACUUGAUUAUUUUGGCAAUAAUAGAGCACUAAUAUUUAAACCAGUGAUUCCUAGAUGGAUACAAUUCCCACUUGUCGAGCAUGCUUAAUAACUUCAUUAUCUUAUGUGGAUCUAGAGACUCCUUUCGAGCAAACAGAGGUCGAGACCCCGUUGGAAAAUCAUUCUAAUGCACUUAUAACAUACAUGGAUUGUUUUCGAGCUUGUACUCAACUCAUACCGAGCGAAAACGAAGGAAAAAUGCCUCAAAACCUUUGCGAGCAAUGUAGUUUUGAAUUAGGGAUUGCUUGGAACUUUAUUCAGAAAGCUAUACAAUCAGACAAAGUAUUAAACGAUGCAAUAGAGAAUUCUAAGGUGAUAGAAGAAACAGAUGAUUCAAAUGAUUACGAUAAGAAAUAUCAUUUUGAAAUUUCAACAACAGUUGAUGGAAGUGUUCUAUUAGAUGGGAUCGCCAAAAAAGAGUGCAAUAAAGAAAAUAUUUCCGAAACAGAACAUGAUUCGAAGGAUUAUGCAACAAUUCAGCAGUUACCAAAUACAGAUGAUAUCAGUUCGAAAUGUAAUUCUCAUUUGAAUAUAAAAAUUGAACAAAUUUAUUCUGAUCGUCUUGAUAACCGCGGAAAUUAUGCUGAUCAAAAUGAUUUAAAUUUACAUAUGAUCUCAAAUUUUGACGAAAACACCGCAAAAGGAGAAGAAAAAUUCAUUAAAGAAAGUAAAAGAAGUAAAAUUGGACAAGUUCAUUUUGAACCUAUUGAUAACAGCGUAAAUAUUACUGAACAAAACGAUAUAAAUGAAAACAUAAAUAAAGGUUUCAACGAAAACACUGCAAAAGAAGAAGGAAGGAGUGAUGUAAUAGUUAAAAAAAGUCCUGUACCUAAUUUAAUAGAAUCUGAGCAAUAUUAUUUUCUGGAAUUAUUGGACAUAUCUGGGAGUGAUGAAGGCAAAAUAAACGUGAAUCCCAUAGAAUGUGUCAAUGAUGCCGAGAAAUGCUUAACACAAGAUUCGAGCAGUUCUCCUAUCUAUUGUUCUAUUUGCUUUGAAUCAUUUGAAAAUAACAGCCAGCUUUUACUACACACACAAACUCAUGCAGCUGUUAAUGACGAAACCAGUAUUUGCAAAAUAUGUGGAAAAAAUAUAUCUAAGUUGGAAACCAUGUGCAGACAUAUCCAAACUGCUCACUCAAAUAUUAUUAAAUGCAGUCAUUGUGAUUUUCGAUGUCAAGAGCUUAAUAUGUCAGACCAUGUGCAUCGAACUCAUUCCGGACCCAAGAAUUUUAUUUGCAAUGUCUGCGGUAAAACAUUCAUUUCCUUAAGCAUCUUGAACUCACAUCUGAAGUAUCAUCAGCGCAAAGAAGCUAACAUAAAAUCAGAUGCGUGCGAAAUAUGUAGCAAGCGUUUUUCUACGAAACAUUAUUUGCGCUUACACAUGGAAGUGCACCGGAACGUACGUCAGCUUCAUCAGUGUAAUUAUUGCGAUAAAAUGUAUGUUAGCAAAAUAGCUCUUGAUAAUCACACUCGCCUUCAUAAAGGCGAAACAAUACAGUGCAAUGAAUGUGGAAAGCAAUUCGUCCGACAGUACGAGUUAAAUGUGCACAUGCGAUUCCAUACUCGUGACUACCCAUUUAAAUGCGAAAUUUGUGACAAAAAAUUUGCAAUCAAAGGACAUUUGCGCACGCAUAUGUGGAGGCACCAAGGACUGAAACUGCAAUGCGAAGAAUGUGGAAAGUUGUUCACUUCAACCAAGGCUUUACAAGAGCAUUCCUUUGUUCAUAGCGAAAUGCCGUUUCCUUGUAGUUAUUGCGGUCGAGGAUAUCCAUCAAAACAAAAGUUUAAGGUUCAUCUUAAAACAACGCAUCUUAUAGAGUUCACAGAGGAGGAGAUUCUAAAGGUUACAAAAUCUCAAACUCCAAAGCCUUUACAGCGAAAAAAACUGACUUUAGUUCAAGCAGAUAGUGUUAUGAAAGAGGUUGAAGUGAAGGACGAAGAAACCAUAAAUGAUGGGGAUGACAUAUUGGUUGAGCUUUGUUGACCAUUAUAUACACUAGUAGAAAGUUUAUUUAUAAUAAUUUUCAUAAUUAAAUUUAAAGUAAAUUCAUAUUUUCAUAAUACCACCUUUUUAAAUAAUUUUGGUUUUUACUUUCCCCAACAAGCUGAUAUCACCGAAACGGCAUUGUGCCAGCAGUGACACCAUAUAUGUCAUCGCCGAAAUCUGUAGACCAAAAUUAUUUUAUUAUAAAUAAUUUUUAUUAAAAGUAUAUUUUAUAUUUAAAUUAUUGAAUAAUUGUAGCCUCUCUCUCUGCAUCCAAAGAAUUUAG